GCUUCCACCUCUACCACAAAUUGCCCACCAUCGUGCCUGAGAGCUGCCUGCUCAUCAUGGUUGGACUCCUGCUGGGUGGGAUCAUCUUCGGUGUGGAUGAGAAGUCUCCACCAGCCAUGAAAACGGAUGUCUUCUUCCUGUACCUCCUGCCUCCCAUUGUGCUGGAUGCUGGCUACUUCAUGCCCACCCGCCCGUUCUUCGAGAACAUUGGCACCAUCUUCUGGUACGCGGUGGUGGGGACCCUCUGGAACUCCAUCGGCAUCGGGGUGUCUUUGUUUGGCAUCUGCCAGAUCGAAGCCUUCGGCCUCCGCGACAUCACCCUGCUGCAGAACCUGCUCUUCGGCAGCCUGAUCUCUGCUGUGGACCCGGUGGCCGUGCUGGCUGUCUUUGAGAACAUUCACGUCAACGAGCAGCUCUACAUCCUGGUCUUUGGAGAGUCUUUGCUGAAUGAUGCAGUCACAGUGGUCCUGUACAACUUGUUCAAGUCCUUCUGCCAGAUGAAAACCAUCGAGAUCAUUGACGUGUUCGCGGGGAUUGCUAAUUUCUUCAUUGUAGGAAUUGGUGGGGUGCUGAUCGGCAUCUUCCUGGGCUUUAUAGCGGCCUUUACCACACGCUUCACACAUAAUAUUCGUGUGAUCGAGCCACUCUUUGUCUUCCUGUACAGCUAUUUGUCCUACAUAACAGCAGAGAUGUUUCACCUCUCCGGCAUCAUGGCGAUCACCGCGUGUGCAAUGACCAUGAACAAGUACGUGGAAGAAAACGUGUCCCAGAAGUCCUACACGACCAUCAAGUACUUCAUGAAGAUGCUGAGCAGCGUCAGCGAGACCCUCAUCUUCAUCUUCAUGGGCGUGUCCACCAUUGGGAAGAACCACGAGUGGAACUGGGCCUUCGUCUGCUUCACGCUGGCCUUCUGCCUCAUCUGGCGGGCGCUGGGUGUCUUUGUCCUGACCCAGGUCAUCAAUUGGUUCCGAACCAUCCCACUGACCUUCAAGGACCAGUUCAUCAUUGCCUAUGGAGGCCUGCGAGGGGCCAUCUGCUUCGCACUGGUGUUCCUGCUCCCUGCCGCCGUGUUCCCCCGGAAGAAGCUGUUCAUCACUGCCGCCAUCGUGGUCAUAUUUUUCACUGUCUUUAUCCUGGGAAUUACCAUCCGACCACUCGUGGAGUUUCUUGAUGUUAAGAGAUCCAAUAAGAAGCAACAAGCGGUCAGUGAAGAAAUCCACUGUCGGUUUUUUGACCAUGUGAAGACUGGGAUCGAAGACGUAUGUGGACACUGGGGUCACAACUUCUGGAGAGACAAGUUUAAGAAAUUUGAUGACAAAUAUCUUCGGAAGCUUUUGAUUCGGGAAAACCAACCCAAGUCAAGCAUUGUGUCUUUGUAUAAAAAGCUUGAAAUCAAGCAUGCCAUCGAGAUGGCAGAGACGGGGAUGAUAAGCACGGUUCCUUCUUUUGCAUCCCUAAAUGAUUGCCGUGAAGAAAAAAUAAGAAAGCUCACACCUGGCGAGAUGGAUGAAAUUCGAGAAAUAUUAUCAAGGAAUCUCUAUCAAAUCCGUCAGCGAACUCUGUCCUACAACAGACACAAUCUGACAGCCGACACGAGUGAGAGGCAAGCCAAGGAGAUUCUGAUUCGCCGGCGGCACAGCUUGCGGGAGAGCAUCAGGAAAGACAGCAGUCUGAACCGUGACCGCAGGGCUUCCACAUCAACUUCCAGAUAUUUAUCCUUACCUAAAAAUACAAAGCUUCCAGAAAAGCUACAAAAGAAAAAGAACAUUUCUAAUGCAGAUGGCAGCAGCAGCGACUCAGACCCAGACACGGGGACCACCGUGCUCAACCUGCAGCCCCGAGCCAGGCGCUUCCUGCCGGAGCAGUUUUCCAAGAGGCUGCCCCCGACCUACAAGAUGGAGUGGAAGAAUGAGGUCAAUGUGGAUUCUGGCCGAGCGCAGCCUGGCAGCCCCCCGGCCCCCAGCAGCAAGGACGGCGGCACCCAGACCCCGGGUGUCCUCCGGCAGCCUCUGCUCUCCAAAGAGCGGCCGGGCCAGGGCAGGGACGACAGUAUGACUGAAGACACGGCGCCCAGGCCACCGCCCAGGCUGGUCCGCAGGGCUUCGGAGCCUGGGAACCAGAAAGCCCGAUUUGGAGCCGGUGAGAAGCCUUAA